UCCUGUGCAUAUUUAGGGCGGAAACUCUUUUAUGAUAUACCAGAAAUAUUUGGCAUUACAACGUAUUGAACGGUUUUUAAAAGCGGUCACAUUUCUACGCUGCCCUAAAAUAUUCAUAAAUAUUUGAUAUUUCAAAUUUAUUUGAACAAAAAGUAUUAUAAAUGCUCAAAAAAUUGCAACAUAACUUGAAAAUAUAAUAAGUCGCCGCUACCCAACCAACACAUUUCAAUUGUCACACGAUGCUGAUACGUUGGAAGAGCAAAGAUAAAAGUUCAUCGAACCAGAGCAGCAGCAACAGCAGCAGCAGCUCAUCAAAGAAAAAACGAAAAGGACGUGAAGGAGAAGAAGACUGGCAGAAUGACGCCAAAACUGGGCGUAUGCCAACUAAUGAGCAAGUUAGCGAUCAUAGGAGAGGAAUGCGGCGAGACGAUCCGCGGCGGCACACGCUUGGUGGCGAUAUGAUAUUGUAUGCCGGUAAUCAAGGACCGCAGCAGCAGCGGGCAAUGGAUCUAGAGAUGAGUACGCGCGCACAGAAAAACAAAAAGAAUAAUGUGCCACGCGGCUAUACUCCCUUGAAUCAAGGACCUUUGUUCGAUGAUGACCCAGGCAUCAUGUCCGAGGUAGAAACGGCAAGCACUGGCUUUCGGCGUGGCAAUAAACAACGGUCUUCGCUCCCAGUCGUUAGAACACCGUCGAAGACGUUGGAGCGCCCUUUAGGAUUAGUAUUUUUACAGUAUCGAUCGGAAACGAAACGCGCUUUAUUGCCUAACGAAAUAACCUCAAUUGAUACCGUUCGAGCGCUUUUCGUUCGUUCCUUUCCACGACAACUAACCAUGGCAUAUCUAGAGGGUCCAAACGUUAAGAUCUACAUACAUGAUGCAAGCAAGGACAUGUUUUAUGAACUAGAGGAUGUGCGUUCACAUUUACGAGAAAUUCGUGACCGCUCAGUAUUAAGACUUUUCGAAUCCACUGAAGUUGCUGCACCGCCACAAAUUCUACCAGGUGGCCCUGGUGUACCUCAGCCUCUCCCACAAGUUACGCCUAAUCAUUGGGACCAAGAUCAGAGCUAUUUCAGCGAGCCAGAAUUUGAUUCAGACUACAAACAUCAACACAUUCAUAAAUCAAAGAUCGGUAAACAGGCGGCACCGUACUACGUGGGCACCUCGCAGACGUUACCGCGCGGCAUGUACUCUUCUGAGCGCACAAAAGUUCCCAUUGGAGCGCCAGUGAAACCUUUGCGGGCGCACAACUCAAGAGGUAGCAUGGAGCCAUUAUUUCCUUAUACCCCGGAUCAGUUAUAUAGCAUCCCAGAUGGUUACUCAAGUUCACCUGAACGCAGCACACGCGGCAACUACGAGGAGCCAUACUACAGUCAAUAUGGAACCAGAGGACCGGUGGUUGCGCCAAUCAUUGAUGAAGAGCAGGGUGAUGUGGGUCUUACUGAAGAUCAAUAUGCCGUAUACGGAAUGAAAGUAGGACCAGGGCGACUACCGAGACCGAAUCAAAUGUACGAUUCGGCUAGGCCUGAGGACUUGCAUCGUAUUCGGGUAGAACAUAUGGAACGCCAAUUGGCCAAUUUAACAGGUCUAGUACAGAAAGCUCUCGUAAAUCAACAGCCGCAAAUUACACCUAUUCCCGUGCCAACCUUGGAUCAAAACUAUUUGGUUGUACCAACGCAGUGUCAAGCUAACGGGUCGGGAAAUGAUUUGUAUAUAAGGGAAAAGGCACCGAAGUUAGGGAAGAGCUCAUGCCAGAAAUCAGUGUCGUUUGAAAAGUCAGUUUCCUUUAGUGACGACAUACAAGGAAUACCCAAAUCUCAUAGUCCUCAACACGCUGCCGAUAACAAACCUACAAAACCAGCAAUAAAAUCAUCGACUUUACCUCGUACAUCUUCCCAGGCAGAGAGAGACCGCCUUAAACCGCCGCCGCCCCCCAAGCCACUGGUUUUGGCCCAAACGCACCAAACCUAUCGCGCUGAUAUAGCUCUUGCUCCAGAGGUUUACAAUCAUUUGCGCGGUUUACAGAAAAAGGCCAAGGAUCUUCGCAUGGAGGUGCGUACGCUGCGCCGUCUAUCUCAAGCACAGGCGGUCGCAGUGCGCGAAGACAUCAAAGGAACUUUUAUGCGCAUACGUGCCACACUGCUGGCCAGCAGCGGUACAUUUUGGGGCAGCCAUCAGGGCGAUCAAGAUGCCACACGAAUCUCGCGCGAAGAGGAACUCUAUAAGCAAGAAGUUAUCCGACUGGAAAAAGACCUUAGCGACUUGGAGGCAUCUGUGGAGACACUACGCGGCGAAGUGAUUAAUCGACGUACACGUGUCAAUAUGACUGCCGUGGAGGACAUGGCAUUGGUACUCAGUAGAGCCAGUAAAACCGUAGCGGAAUUAAAAAUGAAAUUUCCUGGACUCUCCAAUGGACUACGUUGCAUGCUAUCGAGCGAAAUGGAACGUGUCGUACGGGAAGAAAAAUUUCUAAAAGAAGAACCUGACAGGCUUGAGUCAGCAUUAAGACGAUGUAAAAAACUAACGGGUACGUUAGUGACAUUGAAAAGGCUGGCCAGCGUACAAGAGCAACGAUUGCCCCCGAACGAACCGCAAAUCAACGAAGAGCCGCCGCGUUCGGCCGAGAUCUCCAAUACAGACAAACCAAUCCCAACACCCAGGAUGGGGUCGUUCGCUAUCAGCGGGGGACCCGAAAACGCACUCGAUGCUCUGCUAGACGAAUUGCAGACCUUUUCGAAACCACUCUCACAGAAUAAUGAGGUACGCCCCGAUGAUUCAACAUCUGAUGAAAGUUCACAAGCUCUGCAAAGCACAGUCACCACACAAAUAUCCCAAGCACGUCUAUAUAUCCAAACUACCGACGCAAGCAUCAUUCCAAUGCAAUCGCAACCCAUUUCCACCGCAGCCGCCAGCAUAGUUAAUACUUUGCCACAUAAGCAAAGCAAUCACAUCGCAAACGAAACCAUUGGUAAUGCAACCAAUGUAACAUCUUUAAUGGUGCAUACCAAUGUCGGAAGUCUUCGACGUCUCCAUUCAUAUCCCAGUGGGUCAGAUACAGACAUAUCACCGCCACAGAACGUGCGUGCGGUGACUACCAAGCCACCAGUCCCCGAACGCACCGCAGAUCUGAUAACUAAAGUGACUAACAAACGUAUACCUCCACCACCCCCACCACGUACUAGCUCCCGUAGUCCACUCGCUAGCCCCACAAACCCAAAUGUCCCACACCAGUUACCAACUGUUAACGAAACCGACGUCUUGGGCAACAAGUCAGAUAGCGGCGGAGGAAGUGGCAAUUCCAGCGGUAACGAGUCGGCGAACGACCACGUCCAGAGGCAAGUGGCUUUAGAAAUGCGUCAUCAGGAAUUGCUCAAAAAGCAGAAACUCUUACAAGAACAAUAUCAACGCUUGCAGCAAAUGACGAAGAUUACCGGCGUGGAAAUGACCGCCAUAGAUAGCACAGUCCAACUACAGAAAACUAACAGCGACUCUAAUUUACAGCAAAAAAUCAACAUGCAUCAGCCACCAAUAGCCAAUGUGGUUGAAAAGUCACAAGAUAAUGGCAUGCCAGGAACAGAGAAGAGUGACAAUACAAAACAAGUCGCUAACGUCAUUGCAUCAAAUCCAGAAGCGCUGGGAAAUUCGGGUGGUGGUGGCAACGAUAGGAGCAGCAAAAGUGUUGGCAACGCUGGCGGCUCUACCACGAAGCAGCUAUAUGAGACAGAAAUACUCUAACAUAAACCAGUAAUAAUGGUGGAAUGGCAAGAAACUGAAAUCGAUAUUUGAGUAAAGGAUAAAAAGCACAAGCACACAUGACGCACUGGAGCACAGGUUUUACUUGGAACACGCUUACCGCUGACAACUGGCAACUGGCAAACGUUAUUGUAAUAAACGCACAGAAAACCUACACCGCACUAUAUUGCAAGAAAACAACGAUUAACAUUAACGGUUGGAGAUUUAAGAGAAUGUUACAAAUUUAAUUGUUUGAAAGAACAAAAGACACUAGUAUUUGUAUAAAUAUGUGGUAACUGUGCUAAUAUGUGGUAACUGGCUGAUAGUGUUGAUAUAUAAGAAUUUUCGUGAAAUGCUGAUGAAAUCCUAGUCAGAAUACAGAACAUAUUAGUACGAUUUAAAAAGAUGCUGAAGAGGUUCUCCUAAUACCUAUUGUAAUAUAUUCGUGACUACAUACGCAUUUAGUAUAGGAAAGUCUAGUCAAGCUAUUAAUAACUGUCCCUUGCUCAAUCCACCUAGAGAGCAAAGAUUUCUCAGAUUUAGAGUGCCCAUCAUUUGCAUCUGACCACAGCGCAACCAUAAUUUAGGUGAACUUAUGUUCCAAGCUUCUUUCAAAAACUCAUAAGAAAUAAAUUCAUGUUUCAAGCAGGAAAACUGAAAUUACCCCGCAAAUUGACUGGUUCGAGUUUAAAUGAAAUAUGUGACAACUUUGGUGACUAUCAAAUAGCAAACGGCUUCAAAAGCAUCGCGCUCAUCAAAGCAACACGCAAGCUCAUUAUCAAUAAGCAGACAACAGACACUUAAAACGAAAUUUAAUCACAUCGUAAUGUUACAUUCUCUGCAACGAUACUCAAUCUAUUUUUACGGCUCACUGGUAUCUUUGCAAUAGUAAGUUCAAGGGAUAUUCCUUGGAUAUACAUACUAUCAACAGGAAUGCUCUCAGAAUGAUACGCAGUAAGGGUACUCAUUUAAUGUAGCAUUGAUAUAAAAGUAGCAAUGUGGCAAAAUGGUCUCUUAGUUCAAAUGAAUGCUCCGUGGCAAUUUUGCAAUAAGACAGCUGUUUUUCAUUUAGCCGAGAUCGUUUUCUCCAUAAAUUUUUAAUCAUUUUAAUUUAAAAUAAUUAAAUGAUACAACAUUAUAUGUAAAUUUACUUUCAUUUCACAGCAAAAAAACCAAAACGCGAAAAACCGUAAUCAGCUGAUUGUGGUUUGCGACAAAUUUUCAUAGAUGCCACUGAAAUAACUAUAGUCUCGUAAAGUUGCAAAUUUGCCGCAAAAUAAAUUGUAUGUAAAAAGCUGUUUUGCGACAUUAAAUGAGUGCCAUUGGUGGUUUUGUUUAUUUUAUCAAUGUAUUUUUUCGGUGCAGGGCUAUCACAACCACUACACUUUCUUACACAUCACACCCUUUUAUAAAUACAGAUAUGUGCACUGGCACAUAUUCAAAUUGUCUGGUCUUAGUUUUAGGAUAUAAGCUGUUGUACUUGUAGUCUAGGAUACAGUACUGCGUAAGGCUUUAGAUUUAGAAAUAGUUGCUACACUUACGUAAUUUAUUUUGGUACAAUAAGUACACAUUAAUUUAAUAUAAAAAAAUGAAAUGGUAUUUAGACAUGCAUAUGAUGUAGAAUAUAUUGCUGCAAUGUAUGUAUGUAAAGUUGGUGACCAUAGCUCGAAAUGAAUCGAAUCAAAAUGGGAACGAAAAGACACUAUGUCUGCUUAAAUGAAAUUUAGAAGGCAUUUGUUUUGCCUAGUUGUUAUUUAGUUAAUAUUUUAAAAUUGCUAGUUAUAAAUGGUUGAAUAUAUAAAUUAAAUUAUUUGCACUUACAAGGGUUUAUCCACAUAUACAUUGCGAAGAGUGGAAUGGUCCUACAAGUCCUCGAUAACAAUAUUUAAACAAGUAUAUAUAGCAAUGAAAUCAUAGUAAAUCAGCAAUUUGCAAUGCAAGUUGACCUAAUUAAUCGUCAAAUAUGUAUGUAUGACUAUGAGAUGUUAUUUGUUGUAAUGCACUUGAAAUUCGCAAUUUUAUCAUUAUAUAAGUGAAAUGUUAGAUUUUUAGUACGUAUGCAUACAAAAUUUCAUAUCCAUGUAUUUGUUUUUGUUAAAAGUUCACAGAUACUCUACGUACCAAAUACAUAUUUAUGCGUUAAUGCUUUAGUCCUUUUGUUAACCAAUAGUCAUAAUUCACCUUAUCCGAUUAUUAUGUGUAUGAAUGUAUGUAUAUUCACAGAAUAAUAUGUACUUGUGUGUGACUAACAUGCAAAUGAAUUAUAUUAAAUUAGUAAUUGUACUAGCAUAAAAUGGCAAAGAUCAAGCAAGAAGUAGAAAAUAGUUGAAAUAAAAUUAAACUGCCUGCACUGGAGCUCAAUACUAAAUACUAAAUGCAUAUAUGUAUAAGAUCUCUGUGAGAGUAGGUGUGUGACAAAAAUGUGCAGGCAGUAACCCAAUAAGUUAACCAUAUACACAUAACAAAGUAAUCCCUAGCAUAUUGAUGAAAAAGUCAUGCCAAUUACGCAUUUUACUUGACAAAAGUUUUGUUAAAUUGGCAAGGAAAGUGAGACUGAUAGUUUUAUGUACAUUACAUGCAUUCAAAAAAUAAGCAAACAAACGAACUAUAGUAUUUCGAAUAUUUAUGAAUACCAAAUACAACAUUAUACGAAAUUAAAAUAUUAUAUUAUCAUUUAGUUUAACAUCAAGCGGGCGGCAAUAAUUUGAUUGAACAUACCACGUAUAAAAAGGCAAAACAUUCUUAACACUUAACUACCAUAUUUUCAAAAGUAUUUCAAUUCACACCAUUCUUUCCUUUGGCCGGCUACACAAACACAGAGAUUUUUAAACAAAUUAUUGUCCCCGCCAAUCACGUAAGCGUCGAAUCAAAGCAUAACUUAGAAAACAUGAGUAAAUUAAAGCUAAUCAAAGAAAUAAAAUAACUGAAUAUUAACCCUAUUACACACGCCAUUCCAUUCAGCAGUCUCUAUGUCAUUAUAACUUCAGAAUAAAAUAAAAAGACAAACACGCUGCAUACUCACGUACGUAUGUAUAGUUAAUAAGGAAAUCUUUUUUUUGCCCUACUGAAUACUCGAGUUGUCUCUACAAGUUUGAACAUCAAGAAAGCUAGUAAAGUUUAUGGUGAAGUAAUUUUUAAAAUAUACAUAUGUAUGUGAAAAGAGAACAACAACAAUAUUUUAUAUUAUCAAUGUUUCAUAAUUAGGGCCAAGAGUAUUCACGUGGAUAUUUAGUAAGAACCAAGUUAUCCCAAAAGUACUCACAUACAUAUGUACGACUGCAUACAGAGAUAUAAACACAUAUUUGUUUGGCUAAGAGCACUAAACAUGCAUACAUAUGUGAAAUUAACUAAAUACUGCAAGUACUUAAAAUUUUUCUUCAUAAUAAAUUUCGUGAAUAAAAUCGUAAAAA